AUGAUAAUGUUCAAUAAGAGUGGUGAAUUGAAGGGUUCAAUAAUAGAUUCAUCUCACAAGAAGUAUACCGUAAUCAAGAUGUUAGGUGAAGGUGGCUUUGGAGCCGUUUAUUUAGUGCAUGAUGCCACAAAUCGCUCAUUGGAGUAUGCAUUAAAAGUGGAGAAGAAAUUGGAGACGAGACGCGAUUCAAAACUCAAAAUGGAGAUAGCCAUUCUGAAAUUGGUCUCACAAGAACGAGCCGAAAAGUCACAUUUCACCAAAAUCAUUGAUCGUGGUAAAAAAGAGAAGUAUUUCUUCUUGGUUAUGCAACUCGUAGGGAAGUCAUUGGCCGACUUAAAGGCACCUCGUCCACACAAGGUAAUGAUUUGA